GAUGCGAAGCAAGUGGAUCGCAAAAUAGCAAAAUGUUGGCGAAAUAAUUUCGCGAGCGUCUCGAACGUAACCGGUUACAAAAAAUAAAAUAAAUAUUCCACUUUCAAUUCAAAAAUACCCGCGCGAAGCGAGAAAAUCGCUUUAGUAACGCGGCGGAGUGUUUGUGGGGAAAAUGGCGCAACCGCCGCCUGAUCAAAACUUUUACCAUCAUCCGCUGCCCCACACACACGCACAUCCGCACUCCCAUCCGCAUUCGCAUUCGCAUCCGCACCCACAUCAUCAACAUCCGCAGCUCCAGUUGCCGCCACAAUUCCGAAAUCCCUUCGAUCUGCUUUUCGAUGAGCGAACGGGAGCGAUAAACUAUAACUACAUACGGCCGUAUCUGCCGAACCAGAUGCCCAAGCCAGAUAUGUAUCCCCCAGAGGAGCUGCCCGACUCGCUGGUGAUGCGGAGACCGCGACGCACCCGCACCACCUUCACCAGCUCCCAGAUCGCCGAGCUGGAGCAGCACUUCCUGCAGGGACGCUACCUCACUGCUCCGCGACUGGCGGACCUGUCGGCCAAACUGGGACUGGGCACUGCACAGGUGAAGAUCUGGUUUAAGAACCGUCGGCGCCGACACAAAAUCCAGUCGGACCAGCACAAGGACCAGUCCUACGAGGGCAUGCCCCUCUCGCCGGGUCUCAAGCAGGGCGACGGCGAUCCCCCCAGCUUGCAGACCCUCAGCUUGGGCGGAGGCGCCACGCCCAACGCCCUGACCCCCUCGCCCACUCCCUCGACGCCCACAGGCCACAUGGUGGAGCACUACGGCGAGUCCUUCAACGGGUACUACAACUACAACGGCGGUCACAGCCACACCCACGUCCAGGCCAACCGCCACGUGCACGUGCAGUACUCCUCCGGAGGAGCACCGGGAUCAGGAACAGCUGCCAAUGGAGGGCAGUUCUUCCAGCAGCAGCAGCAUCUCCACCACCAUCAGCAGCAGCAGCAGCAGCUGCACCACCAGACCAACCACGUGCCGCUCCAGAUGCAACAGCAGCAGGGGCAGCAGCAGCAGUACCACCACUUCGACUUCCAGCAGAAGUCGGCUAGCGCCUGUCGCGUCCUGGUCAAGGACGAACCGGAGGCCGACUACAACUUCAACAGCUCGUACUACAUGCGAUCGGCGAUGUCUGGCGCCACUGCAUCGGCAUCGGCACCCGCCUCCGCAUCCGCGUCCGCUGUGGCUCGCGGCGCUGCUUCGCCGGGCUCCGAGGUCUACGAGCCAUUAACACCCAAGAAUGACGAGAGUCCUAGUCUGUGCGGCAUCGGCAUCGGCCUCGGCGGCCCGUGCGCCACCGCCGUUGGCGAGACGGAGGCGGCCGACGACAUGGACGACGGAACGAGCAAGAAGACGACGCUUCAGAUCUUGGAGCCUUUGAAGGGUCUGGACAAGAGCUGCGACGACGGCAGCAGCGACGACAUGAGCACCGGACUGAGAGCCCUGGCGGGAAACGGAAGUCGUGGCACAGCCUUUGCCAAGUUCGGCAAGCUCUCGCCCUUACAGGGCCCCCAGGCGCCCCUCGGAAUGGGAGUGACUAUGGCCGAGUCAAACCAGUACCAGUGCACGAUGGAUACGAUAAUGCAAGCGUAUAAUCCCCAUCGUAACGCCGCGGGCAACUCGCAGUUCGCCUACUGCUUCAAUUAGCCUGGACAGGUGGCGUCCGGCGUCCCAGGGAGUUUUAUUAGCUUUAGGUUAACCACUGUUGUUCCUGAUUGUACAAAUACCAAGUGAUUGUAGAUAUCUACGCGUAGCAGGUUAGGACUAGUCUUAAGAUCUGUGUAAAUUGUUCCUAGGGAAGAUUAUGUACUAGCCUAGUCAGCGGGCGAGACAGAUUUAGUGAUAUUUGUAGUGAUACUCCACACCUUCCCCGCAGUACGCUCUUUGCCCCGAUUGCUUCUGGCAGGAUGAUCCACCAAAGCCCAGGAAAACCCAGUCAGAUCCUUUUGGGGCUUUUGGGCUUGAGUGCACUCCAGGGAAGGUUUUUUUUUUUUAAUUUUGAUUCCGCGCCAGCAAGAAAGUCUGUACUAAAACAACUUGGCAUAGCUAAAAACUGUACUAGUCGAAAUGCAAAAUGUGUCUCUUGGGGGUAAUCUUGAAUAAUGAUUACCCCCUUAAGAUUGAACAUUUAAACAAUAAUAUUCGAUUUGAUAUUUUCAAUUUCUACGCUAUGCCAAUGAAUCUGGCAUAGUUAAACAUUUGCACAUUCUUAGUCAAGAAAGCAAUAUGUUUUAUUAGACUAAAGCAGAUCACAUGUUCUAGUAUUCUGAUUUACUUGAUGCCUGUGGAAUAAGAAACCUCUUCACUUAUUAUAAUAUGUAUUAUUACAAAUUAAACUUAAAUCUGUUAAGCCCACAAUGUACUUUAAGAACGGUGCACCUUUUAUGUUGUCUAUUUUAGUUUUUUUAAUCAUUGAGGCAAAUAUAUUAACUACUCCAAUCGAGUAA